AUUCUUUCAGAACAUGAGAAUGAUUUAAAAAGUAAAAUUAAAGAAAUCCUUUGUGAUCGAGAUUUUUAUGAAAAUUGUCGGCUUAUUGCAUCUGUCCUUUAUCCUCUUAAAAUUUAUAUUGGAUGUUUAGAAUCGAAGACUUCUAAUCUUGCUGAUUCAGCUGGACAAAUUUGGAAAAAUAUGGGACAUGAUCAAGAAUCGUGCAGCAAACUAUUAUCCCAAAUACGAAAAUAUAAAAGUAAAAAAAUACUAUUUGAACAACUAUACAAUUCUAAAUUAGAUACGCCAAUUAUUUGGUGGGAGACUGCACAAUAUAAAAAAGAAGAAUGGGAGUUACAAGUACUGGCACUUCGUCUUUUUGCAAUAACUCCACAUAGUGCUUCUUGUGAGCAAGUAAUGUGCAAAUUGCAUACAUUUUAUAUUACUAAUGCUAAACAAGAAUUAUCUUGUUACGCAAUUGAUAUACCUGAAAAUUUAUUGCGUAAUCAAUUAAUAGAAUCAGUUAUAGCAAUUAAUAAUGAAACUGAUGAAAUUACUGAUUAUGAUGCGGAUAAUAUUAGUACAGAAAUUAAUAAUGAAACUAAUGAAAUUAUUAAUUUCGAUACAUCCAGGGUGAAUAUUUUAAAUAUUAUGAAUGAUAUUGAUAUUGGGUUGCCAAUGUUUAACGUAGACUGA